UUCCGAGGCGUUCCCGUUACUUAAUCUGCGUUAAAAUCUUCAGUCUAUGGUUAAAAUCCGCUGGCGUCACGCAGCAGAGAUGAAGUGUGUGCGCGCUUUCAGACGGAGGAUCAGUACAGCACUGUGACUGUGACAUACAGGAAGCACUCAACUUCAGCUCAAGGACACCUAACCACCACAGAUUUAUUUCAAUGGCCUCAGGUAUGGCAGAGUUGCUGCGGUUGCUCCUGAACGUGGCAGAAAAAGCUGCCAAUGUGGCACGGGUCUGUCGACAGGAAGCAUCACUUUUUGAACUUUUGGUACAAGAGAAGACAGGAGCUGACAAAAACAAGAAAUUCGUCCAGGACUUUAAGACGCUUGCUGAUGUGUUGAUACAGGAAAUGAUUCGCCAUGAUGUUUGUGCCCAGUUUCCAGAGCUGACUGGCUUUAUUCAAGGAGAGGAGUCAAACAAGUUUGAGAAUGGACUUGGGGAGAGUGUAAUUGUGACUGUAUGUGCUCAAGAAGAAGACACGACUGCUCUGUUGGCUAAAGUUCUGGAUGGUAAUCAAAACGCUGCGUCGCUCCUGACCAAGGUGAUCCACCAGGACCUUCAGAUUAGAGAUGAGGCAGCUGAAUCUCUGCAGCUGUCCAUCAGCCCAGCUGAUGUGGGCAUCUGGAUUGAUCCCAUCGAUGCUACAAGUCAGUACAUUGAAGGGAAAGAGGAAGAGGAGCCAGAGGAAGGCUUUUGUCGGUUCGGACUUCCAUGUGCUCUGGUUCUGAUUGGGGUUUACUUACGUUCCACUGGCCAACCGGUCAUGGGUGUCAUUAACCAGCCGUUCAACCGAAAAGACUCCACGGGUAAAGGAUGGAAAGGCCAGCACGUCUGGGGUGUUUCGUAUGGAGAUGUGAACAUUUGCUCCGUCACCAAGCGCAGGCCGUUCUGUCCGCAAAAGAAAGAUUAUUUGUCUGUGCUGCUGAGCUCCAGCGAGAGGCCGGCUGUGAAGAAUGCGCUAGCAGUCAUUUCCAACGGCUCGCUGAUGUACGCGUCCGGCGCCGGAUACAAGAUUCUGUGCGUGGUCCAGGGUCUGGUGGAUGUGUAUGUGCUCUCCGAAGGCAGCACGUUCAAGUGGGACUCGUGCGCUCCUCAUGCACUUCUGAGGGCGCUGGGCGGCGGCGUCUCGGAUCUGAGCGAGUGCCUGCGUGCCCACGUCAACGCAAACAAGGGACACGCAGCUGAACUGACCUACCAUCAACCUCACACCGAGAGUCAAGGUGUGGACAGAUGGGCGAACCAAGGAGGAAUAAUCGCAUAUUUGGACUCCAGCGUAAUUGAUAAAGUCGUGGCGGCACUUGCUGGAAAGAUAUGAUAAAAAAUAUUAUGAUGCUCUAAGACAAAAGCUUAUGUGUAUGUCCAAGUUGAUGUGUACGUUUGUAUUGUUAUGCAUAAUCUUAUGUCCUUAAGGAUGCUAUUUUUAUGGUAAGAUUUAGUGGCGUAUUCAAGUAUUAAUUUAAGGCUGUAGCUUUUCAGGAGAAAAUAUAUAUAUUAUAGUACUUAUCUGCAAUGUAUUUAUCAGUAAGUUUUAUUUUUUUGGAAGAAGUUGGUUAUAUUUUCAAGACAAAGAGGAAACUGUUUUGCCUCAUUUUCAUGGUAAUGUUGUGUAAAUGUUUCAGAUCAUAUCAUGUUUUACAGUUAAUUAACUGUUGACCGGUAGUGUACAUCACAGAGAGAAGCGGAUGUGCAGCCUUGAUGUCUUCACAUACAGCAACCUUUCUUCAUUUUAUGGCUCAUCUUGGCUUCAUUUACUGAAAUAUUAAAUAAUGGAGACUUUCUAUUUGAAAAAACACAAAUCAUUGUUUUGUUGUCGCAAUGGAAAAACUUUGAGAACUAAGAGGCUUAUGGGGAAAGUGUGUUAAAGAGCACAGAGAGGACCAUGGAUGCCCUUUUAUGUGCAAAAGCUGUCUUGCAUUGGCUUCAUGUCAGCGCCAAUGUGCUUAUGACUAGAAAAGGAUGUGAUCCAAGUGAAUUUAUAGCAAAUACUGGAUUAGUUUACAAUCAACAAAACCUCUUUGGAAAAGGGGCAUAGUUCUGUAAUGCUCGAACAAUAUCCACUAUAAUGUUCUCAUGAAAGGUGACAGAUCAAAAUGAAGUUUAAUCAAGUGAAAUGCUAAAAGUUAUUAGAUUUGCAGAAAUUAUAUAAAUGUUAAUAUGACAGCUGUUUACGGUCAUAAAUGGUAAUGGUACAAUAGCAAAAAUCUGUUUUAUUGUAUUUGUUUUUUCUGACAUGUUGGUGUUUUAUCUCUCAAUUGCAUUGAGUAAAUACAGCUGGAUGAAGCAAAAA